GGAUGCAACAGACCAGUGUUUGAGCAUUGACUCGGUAGCAAGCUGCUGAGCUCUGUACGCGAAAACACACACUAACAUAAACAUUUCAGAGCAGCACUGACCGAUCUAUCAGUAUAGUCUUGGUGAUGCUUUGAACACGUUGCUGGGUCACCGGGACGGGACUAUGGUGAGUGCUUUCAUUGGAUAAUGCAAGGCGGUAGUAUUAGAUGACUUAACGUAGGUGCCCGGGAUCUCAGGAACAGUAGUCUGUAUUGGAUGAUUUCCUUACCUGGAAAGAAACAAUCUCUGCGUUUCAGAAUACAUCUCUGUAUAGCUAUUACUCGGCCUCCUUAGCAGGUUGUCUUUAUCUGGUGGCUAAUGACAACAUACGUUACAUACGAGAUUGUGCAGCAACAUAUAUUUCUAGAAACAUCGAACACUUGAUCUCCUACCAACUGACAUCGCAACUUCGUGGUCUCUUUCUUUUCGUUCAGGUAAUAAUACUGUGACGUUUAUCGACAGGUUUGAUAUAUCACUCAGCUGCUGGGAACUGCCAAUAAAAGCAUGCCAAUUCUUUCAGUGCUUCGUUCUAAGCAACCUCUUUACAGAGUGCCUACUUGUCUCCAGCCUGUAGGAAUGUUCAUCGUGUUGAUUUGGGCUAUCGUGUGGGCUGUUGAUGGUUGGAGUUCGGACAAAAUAGAUCAAAGAACACAGGAACAAAUACUGGCCACAUCUGAAAGAGGUCUCUUAGGAAAUAUUUCGAAUUUUCACUGUGAUGACAUAUUUACAGUUAUUCAUGAUAACGUUACCGAAGCUAAGGAAGAAAAUAUUCAUAUUGUCUUAAGUCAUCCAUUUCUGGAUAUUAAUCAGGGUCUUAUUGCUGGAGUCGUUUAUGAUGUAUGGCUGACAGCACUCAAGAACAUAGAGCGGCCUCUAGUGAUAACAUCACUUCCAGCAGGAAACUUCACAUCCUAUCCUUCAUCAGCCGUGCCUUGUGUACAGACAAAUGAUUCGUUAACUUCAGUUGUGUUAUUAUCUCUCGAAGCAGAUCUUCAUCUCAACUGGUUUAUCCCAGCUAAUACAACCGAAGAAAUUCUAAAUUUAGAGGCCUUUUAUCAAGAAGUUGGUGGUCAGUGGACGCUAUCAAGGAUAUGGCACUCUCGUAGAAGUGAUUGCUUCCAGCUCCUCUCGGUUCAAAAACAGAGCUUAACGUCCGAAGAGUUGAGUUCUGAGAGUCGCUACUGUAAUGAAUAUAAAGUCUUCAUUGAUUCUUUCCCAUCAACGCUGGCGUCCUUCAAGCUCCUGGAUUUAACAUCAUCAUCGCCGUUUAGUAGCUGGAUUAUUCUCACGGUUGACAGCGAGAAGUCACCUGGACACACCGUUAGUGCCAUGAACCAUGACAAGAAAGAACCUUAUUACACAGCUAUUGCUCGUUACUUUCUUUUAACCAUAUACAGAUGCAAAGACUGUCAAUUUAGAGCUGCGUUUUUCCCAUUAGAUUAUCUAAAUGAUUGUAACGCUUCCGUGAGUGCUUGGAAGGGAAUUCUAACAAGUCCAAACUUUCCGGAAAACUAUAUGCCACGAUUAGAUUGCUUCUAUCAAAUCAGGGCGCCUCCUGGGUUCAAAAUUUUUGUCUCAGUUUUAGAGUUUGACAUAUAUGUCGCAAAUGCUCAGAAAAGAUGUAUGCAAGAUUUUGUUCGUUUCUUUCCUUUAGAGGAAAGGAAAGAAAUAUCCCUGUGUGGAAACUCCACUGGUGUAAGAGUUAGGAAACUACUUGUAUCCAAACAUGAGAUCUUAACUGUACAUUUUCAUACUAAAAGAGUGUCUCAAGGAAAAGGGUUUCUUCUUGAAUAUCGUUCAAUAAAACGCUGUCAAAAUGUGACAAUAACACAACAAAAUGGGUCUUUCUGUACCCAAGACUAUCCUUAUGCCUUUAUGAAUGGGCAGAAUUGUCAUUAUGCCUUUUAUGUGCCUUUUGGAUACGAAAUAGUCUUAGAGUUAACCUUUCUUGAAACCUCAUUGUCUGUUUUUAAAACCGGACAAGACUGUCAAGAGGAAUUUAUUGAAAUAUCCAAUCCAGAUCAAGUGCAAAGAUUCUGUGGAGUAAAGCCUGAAUAUACAAAUCACAACUUGCAUUUUCAUUCUAGUAGUUACAACAUUAAUAUAACAGUUAAUAUCAACGCUAUUUCGGCGUUGAUUGAUGAGGCAAAGGGGUUCUGUGUCAACUUCCAAGCAAUUCCUUCGGCUCAAAACACAUCAUUCUGUGAUUACCCAUGGGCUGUAAAAGAUAAUUAUUGUUAUAAACUUCUAGAUCAAUACAUGGAUUGGCAAUCAGCCAAUAAUUACUGUGGGAGUUUGGAAGGCCACUUAGCAACAGUUUCAACAGAUGACAUUCAGUCAUUCCUAGAAACUCUGAUUAAAACAAGUCCUCUGUAUGGCCAGGCACAUGCGUUCUGGAUCGGAGCCAAUGACAUUGAACAUGAAAACAGCUAUGACUGGGCUGAUGGAUAUCUUUUUGGAUACUCCAACUGGUUUCCUGGUUGGACUGAUCGUAAUUACUACAACUCCCAGCCUAGCGAUGAUGGUCUCUCUUCCCAGGACUGUGUAGAAUUGAGAGACCUCUUCCGGUAUCCCAGUAAAGGUGAAGGACGAACGAGGAAAUUCUACUGGAACGACCGAGACUGUAAAGUAAAAAAUCCCUUCUUGUGCCAACGGCCAAGACCUGGAGGUGAAGUUCGUCGAGUGUUUGAAAUAGCACUUCCUAUCUUUUUGAAAAAGUAG